UCUUUUCUUUCGCGAGAUCACCGGUCUUCCUCCCCGUCUCCUCGGCAACUGCAGAGAUCUCGCGAGCUUCUUCCACUUUUUUAGUGCUGUGACUCACUGAGGCCUAUUACGCCCGAUGUCUUAAGAUAUCGCGAGAGAUUUUACCUCUCUAGUUUCUUACCUAUCCUUUAGGAACAUUGGAAUUUAGCGAGAAUACCUAUUUUUAUAAUCGCCCUAUUCUUCGAGCGAUAGUCUGCCCUAAAUAUCCCCUGUAGCCCAGGCCACUCUGAAUUAAAGCGGAGUGUGUUCGCUUUCCCCAAGAACCACAGGGAACGCAACUCAAUUAACUUGAAUGCUGGAAUCAGACUACGUUUCCCGUGAGCACGCGCAGCCCACCCUCCUCCGCCUCCACAGCGUGGACGGUGGCCGGAAAAGAACAAUGGUUUCCAUGUCAGCGGAUAAACGCGCUAGCCUUAGCUCCUGGACGAGAGGCAGGAGGCAGUAAUGCCUGCGUGCUGAGGAGUGAGGAAGCAACUAAGGGAGCCCGAUGACCAAUAGAGCAAGAGCCAUGCCGCGCCGGGGCCUAGUGGCCGGGCCAGACUUUGAGUAUUUCCAGCGUCGAUAUUUCACGCCGGCCGAGGUGGCCCAGCACAACCGGCCGGAAGACCUCUGGGUGUCUUACCUGGGAUACGUGUAUGACCUAACGCCGUUGGCACAGGCGUACAAGGGAGACCUGCUGCUGAAACCCAUCGUGGAAGUUGCGGGCCAGGACAUCAGCCAUUGGUUUGAUCCAAAGACCAAAGACAUCCGCAAGCACAUAGAUCCGCUGACCGGUACCCUGAGAUACCGCACCCCCCGGGGCCGCUUUCUGCACGUCCCGCCUCAGCUGCCCCGUUCGGACUGGGCCAAUGAUUUCGGGAUGCCCUGGUGGCAGGGGUCGCGUUACGAGGUGGGGCGACUGUCCGCCAAGACCCGGAACAUCCGCAUCAUUAACACGCUCACGUCGCAGGAGCACACACUGGAGGUGGGGACCCUGGAAUCAAUGUGGGAAAUCCUACACCGCUAUCUCCCCUAUAACACUCAUGCUGCCAGCUACACAUGGAAAUUUGAAGGGAAGAACCUGAACAUGGAUUAUACUCUGGAAGAGAAUGGGAUCCAGGAUGAGGAGGAAGAGUUUGACUCUCUCACUAUGGACAGUACACUCUACAUACCGGCAAUACUGCUCUACUUCAAUGAUGACCUCACAGAGCUAUAGGAAAGGAGAUGUAUGCUCAUGUAGACUCAAGACAUAUUUUGAGUUUGGCUGUUUCUGUGCCCUGUAGGAAAAGAGGUGGGGAUGUGGGGGUGCUUGGAUCCAGAUCUCCAUUCCACUCUGGGAACUGGCCUGUGGUUCCUAUGCUCUCCUGAACUGUAAAGGUCCUACUCCCCGGGUCCAUUAUAAUUUACUCUGAAAAAGUUAGGGAGAAUGCUAGAAGUGAACUAAUUUUUAGGAAUGCUACAAGAUGAAGUAUCUUGGAUGAGGGAGAUGUAGGACAGGAUAGCUCAGGCAGAACUUCUUGAUAGUAAGAGAAAGAGAAGUCCUACACAGGGGUGAGGGAUGGAAGAACUUUUUUGGCAAUGAUGGACAUGGGAUGGCUGCAGGAAGAUGGGAUUUACAAAGACAGGAAUAGGAAAUGUCUAUCACCGGCCAUAUAAAAGUGGCUUAUCUCUGAAUAGUAUCUGGCAGGUGAAACCCAAGGGGAAGAAAGGAAGUGAAUGGUUACCAGGUAAUUCAGGCUAGAUAUUAUGCUAUGUGCUGUAUACACACUGUUUGAUAUGACUACCCCAUAAGGUGGAUACCAUAACUACUAUUUUACAGAUAGGUCUUUUGAAGCUUAGCAAGAUUUAAUAGCACAAAGGUACACUAGAUAGUAACCAGGAUGCAAACCUAAGUCUGCCCAAUUCCAAAGUCCAUAUUCUUUUCAGCAUAAAGGGACUAUCUCAAUGUCCUAGGCUCAUUGCACAAUGGGAAGCUGCAGGCCUAUUGUGUAGUCAGCCGUUUUUUUCCUGCAGUUAUUGCCUUUGGAAGGGAGUUAGCAGAGUUCAGCUGCACCAGAGGAGACAGGGAAGGCUAAGUGUCAGCUGACCAUUAGCUAUGGGGAUACUUCCUGGUUAAUCCCUAGCACAAAUUUUCUUCUGACUUUUUUGAGGCAAAGAGGUGGGUAUAUACUGACUCCAGGAAAAACUAGAGUGGGGAAACGGCCUUCGGAUCGGGACACUUUGGAUGGGGGAGCAAAAAGGAGGUAAAUGGCACAGUAUAUUCAUGAUAGGCCUGUGCCUCUUAGGGAAGGUAAGUGAGGCACAGUGGACUUUGCAAGAUGGUAACUCUGCAAGAGGGGGCGUGACAGGGGUCCUCCUUAGAGAGGAGCUCAGGAAGUCAGAAAACUGGUGACCAAAAGAGAACCACCAUCGGAGGCAGUACCCAGAUUUGGUCCCCUUUAACCUAAGCAGGCGUGGGGAAUGAGAAUAACAGGAGAAAUUCCUGACAGUAGCAGGCAAAAAAGAAUCAGGGAGAGGUUGGUGCAUCAUCCUGGCAGAGGGCACCAGGGCCCAGUGCAGGGCAAGGUGGCCCCUGUGAGACACUGGGUGACCUGCAUAGGAGUUUUAUGAGGGGCUGACUAUGAAAGGCUUGGACAAAGGUGGAGACAUCUGUAUUGGCUUCAGCGGUUAUCUGAACUCACUGUGAGACUGAGGGCUUCCACUCAGCCCUAUGUGCUCCAAGACUCUGUGAACUGUCUGAAUCAUUUUGAUGUUUAAUCAGCUCUGCAGUUGUUUCAUGUGUGUCUUGUCUGCUCAAUUAAACCCUAAAGUAUUUGAGAA